CUCAGAGCUUGGUCAUGUUGCCUGGCAAAGGGGAGGAAUUGGAAGGAAGAUGUGUUUCGGUUCUUUGGUCUGUAGGGAAACAGGGUGUGUCUUCGUUUAAGUUUCUUCUGUGGAAUGGUUUAGCUAAGAAGGUGAGUUUGUUGUUUGCCUUUAACAUCUGAUUAUGCUAUUAUUGAGUGUAGGUUGAUGAAAAAUGGCUAGCACCAGUGACUGUUUCCAGAGUGCCAGAGCACCCACAGCACCCACCUGUGACCCCAUGCAAAUGAAGACUUUGUCAGCUCAGACUUCUACAAAGCAGCCUUUAGGAAAGUAUGUGGCUGUAAGGCCUAAAUUCUCACCUUCUGAGAGGUAUAGUGGACCACAUUUCACUCGGAAGAUGGCACAAAAUCCAGAGCCUUUACUGUCAAAAGCACCCCGUAUACCUCCACAAUCAGCGCUUCCUUCAAAGGAAGUGCUAGCAGAGUUUAUUGAAACAUACAAGCAGGAUAAAAUAAACCCAGUAUCUGCCUUAUAUCAGUUUGCACAAAUGCACCGUGUACAACUUGAAUUGAAAGAAACUAGCGCACCAGGCAACAACUUAAGUCUUUAUUUUGCCUUUUGUGCUGUGUUGAAUGGUGUUUGCUACAAGACUGGAUUGGGAAAAAACAAGAAGGAAGCUAAAUUCAAUGCAGCUAAACUGGCUCUUGAUGAGAUACUUCAGUUGGAGUUCGCAGGGGCAAUGACUUCUGACAAGUCAGGUCCUCCCUGUAUUCCUGUUGAGCCUGAAGCUCCAGCAAACUCCGCUUAUGUUUCAAGGAUCUGUUUUGAAGGAAGACGGCUUAUAUAUCAAAAUUUUUCACAAAUGCUGGAAAAACUAUUUAACAGCCUGACUACCAAAUACCCGGAGUACCAAAGUUGUGGCAGUUCACUGGCUGCCUUCAUCAUUGAAAAAGGUGGACAGUAUGAAGUUGUAGCUCUAGGAACAGGAGAAUGUAAUUACAGUAAGGACUAUCAACCCCAUGGAAGAGUGUUACAUGACAGCCAUGCUAUUGUUACUGCAAGGCGUUCUCUCCUUAGAUAUUUUUACAGACAUCUUAUGCUGUUCUAUAAUAAAAAUCUAGCACGCACAGAGACGUCCGUAUUUUGCACAGCACCUGGCUCAAAGUUGCUUGUCCUAAAACAAAAUACAAAUAUCUUCCUCUAUAUGAAUCAGCUGCCAAAAGGAUCUGCACAGUUAAAAUCACAGUUACAUCUCAAUCCCCAAUCUAUAUCUGCCUAUGAAGCUAGUGAAGAACUGAGUCUCCAUGUUGCUGUAGAAGGCAGGAUUUACCUUUCGGUUUGUUGUCCACCUAAAACUGUUAGAGCAAGGAGCAUGUCGGCCACUGACAAAUUAACAAAAUGGGAAGUGGUUGGUAUUCAGGGAGCAUUGCUGAGCCACUUCAUUGAACCGAUUUAUAUCAACAGUAUUCUUGUAGGAAAUGGAAAUUGCAAGGAUACGAGAGGGUUAGAAAUAGCUAUAAAACAGCGUAUUGAUGAUGCACUCACAUUAGAGCUUCCCAUGCUUUAUGUGGUCAACAGAUCACAUAUUUAUUUGGUGAACGCUGCACAGCCAAUUCAGAUGGAUAUGGAGCACAGAUCUCUUAGUUUGAAUUGGUCACUGUCAGAUACAUCAGUGGAGAUUGUGGAUGGAUUAAAUGGAAAAACCACUGAAAGUUCACCGUUCAAAAGUGGCACUUACAUGGCAAGUCGUCUUUGCAAGGCGGCAAUGCUUAGUCGUUUCAAAUUGCUGGCUAAGGAAGCAGAAAGAAAUGAUUUACUUCAAAUUGCUACGUACCAUGAAGCUAAGAUUCAGUCCAAAUCGUAUCAAGAAGCUAAAAAGUUGUUGCACAGCUACUUAGAGCAACAUGGUUAUGGAUCCUGGAUUGUGAAGUCUCCGCAUAUAGAACAGUUCAUUGACUAACUGCAAGGCGGAUUGCACGUGAAGUUAGUGUGAUUUCUUUCAGUGAAAUGCAAUUCUCAUUAGUAAAAUGUUUAACUGUUGGGGUUCAUAUUCACAGUGAGAAAAUCAUUCUGGGGCUUCCUAUUAUCAAUUUAAAUACAUGUGUUAAGCUGAGUAUAACAGUUUUUUUCACAGGUAGGAGUAUCUAACAGCAUUGCAUGUCUGUUCUGGUUUGCCUCACCUCCCAGCAUCACCUCAUCACUGCCCCCCCCCCCCCCCGGGGGGGGAGUCACUGACACGUUUUUCCUGUUAGUUUCAGGAUUGCUGUGCAUCAGUCUCUUUUUCUCUCCUUUUUUUCCCCUGCAUUUUUCAUAACUGUCUUUGAAGAAAAAAAUAAUCAGUAGAGGUGGAAUUUCUUAAAAACAAAAAACUGUAUGUGAGAAUCAUUGACAAUUUGUACUUUAUCUGUAGGCAUCCUUUUGUAAAUUUUUUUUUUCUGUAUUUUGCAUUCACUGAGCGUGCUGUAGUUCACUACCUACUGUUUUUGGUAGAAUGGUUUAAGAAGUCAUUUGUGUACUUCCAAAUGUGAAACUGAAUUAUCAGGCUGUUACCAACUGUUUUCUGACAAUCACUAUUUUUAGGAGUGGGCUUAAAGCAUUCUAAAGGUGUCAAAGUUGUAAACAAGAGUACUGUGAUGUAGCAUAGAAGUUACCAGAAACAAGGUUCCUUCAACUUUCAUGGGCCACCCCAACAGCUGUGAGAUGUUAGUGGUUGUAGACUAGUUGGACACCUCCUUCCACAGAUCACUUCAUCACUGCACUCAUUCAUCCUUGCAAAAUUGUCUCUAUAAUGGUCUAAAAAAUACUUCCUGUUGAGAGGGAAAUUGCUUUCUUGUAAGUUAUGAUAAUCUUAUGGUAAUGUUUUGGUCAUGUUUAAAAAGUUGUUGUUAAUUAUAAUAGUUGGGUUUUGUUUGUUGUGAAAUACUAGUGUACUUAGACUUGAUACUACGUUUUCAUUGCGUUGAUUUUUGUGUUUCAUACAAGUUCGGGAAGCUGUUACAUAAAAGUUUUCACACAUCAGUAAUAAUACAGUGCUGUAGUUAUGUUUUGGCUUGUUACUGUAAAAGAAUUAUAAAACAAAAACUCUUCAGUG